AUGGCCCCGACGCAUCAACUGCUUUUGUUCGGCUCCCAAGCCCUAUCCUUCGACGGUGCCGCUUUCGCCACUCUGCAGAAACAGCUCCAUGAGCCUGCUUAUCAAUGGGCGUUGGACGUGAUCUCCUCGCUCCCCGAGUGGUGGUCAGCUCUAGAAACAAAUAUCCCUACUCUCCAACACCUGGAACAAGGCAAGCAGCUGCUAGAAGAGCUGAAGUCUGGAGUCCACACCGGAGAAAUUGCCCCGUCGCGGUUCCCGCUUCCCAACAUUCUUCUCUCGCCUUUGGUCGUGCUGGGCCACUUGAUCGAGUAUACGGCUCUUGUCCGCGCAUUGAAGCCCAAUCUCUCCGACACAGAACCACUGUCUUUGUCUGUGACAACGGAGACGGAGAUCCUCGGUCUUUGCACGGGCGUUCUCAGCGCCUUUGCAGUUGGUUCCUCGUCGACACUUGCCGACUUGACCCGCCACGGUGCUACUGCAAUUCGAUUGUCGGUGCUCGUGGGCGCUCUCGUCGAUGCAGAGCAGUCAAUUCCUGAUGGCCACGGCCCGUCCACCUCUUUCUCCAUUACCGGCAACAUUGACAAGGUCCUGGAGAAUGUUCCCGACGCCUAUGUCUCGGUUUUCCUCGAUGAGAGGCGCUCAACGGUGACGACGUCCAAGACGGCCGCAUCUACUCUCGUUCAGCAGGCUCCAUCUGCCGGAGCGCAUGCCGUCGAGUUGGCCCUCUCCGGACGGUUCCACUGGCCUGGCCACGAGAACGAUACAGCCCAGGCACUCCAGUUCUGCGAGCAACACCCCGAGUUUCAGUUUCCAGACGCCAGCCAGCUGGUGUUUGCCAGUCGAUCCGAGACCGCCGGUCGGUAUUUGUCCACCGGUAAACUGCACGAAGCCGCGUUGCGCGAGAUUCUCACUCGUCCCACGAACUGGAUCAAGACCUUUGGCAACAUCUAUGCCUCCCAUCUCAGUACCGCUGAUGCCCGCGUUCUUGCUUUUGGCUCGGAGCGCUGCGUGCCCCCGACUAUUGCGCGCAAACUGGGCACGCGGCUCAUCUACGUCUCUGAUCUGGAUCUGUCCACAUCGCCCCUCCCGGCUGUGCUCGGCGAUGUGAAUGCAGACAGUCGUCUCAGUGAGCUGCCGGACGACCGGAUCGCCGUCAUCGGAAUGUCGUGCCACGUCCCCGGCGGUGCCGACCUCGCGGAAUACUGGGAGAUGCUGUGCAGCGGGCUAUCUCAGCACAUCGAAGUUCCCUCGGAGCGAUUCUCGAUGGAAACACCCUGGCGCAAGCUCGAGGCCAAUCGCAAAUGGUACGGAAAUUUCAUGAAGGACUAUGAUACUAUCGAUCACCGAUUCUUCAAGAAAAGCGCACGCGAAAUGGCAUCCACUGAUCCCCAGCAGCGCGUGAUGCUCCAGCUGGCCUACCAGGCGGUGGAGCAGUCAGGAUACUUUGCCGGUUCAACGCAGCCAGAUCAGCAUAUCGGGUGCUUUGUGGGUAUUGGCAACGUUGAAUACGAGACCAACAUUCGCUGCCACCCGGCCAAUGCCUACUCGGCGACCGGUAACCUGCGCGCCUUCAAUGCGGGAAAGAUCAGUCACUAUUUUGGCUGGACCGGUCCCAGCGUCACGGUCGACACCGCAUGUUCGUCUUCCAGCGUUGCCAUCCACCAGGCGUGUCGGGCCAUUCUCCACGGCGAGUGCAGCAGUGCACUGGCUGGGGGUGUCAACGUCCUGACGAACCCAGACUGGUUCUAUAACCUGGCGGGGGCUUCAUUCCUCAGUCCGACUGGGCAGUGCAAGCCUUUCGAUGCCAAGGGAGAUGGCUACUGCCGCGGUGAGGGAGCAGGAGCGGUGAUGCUCAAGCGACUGUCGGAUGCCAUUCGUGACGGCGACCAGGUCUUUGGCGUCAUUGCAGCCAGCCGCGUUUAUCAGAACCAGAAUUGCACAGCCAUUACUGUCCCCAACUCACCCUCUCUAUCUGAGCUGUUUGUCGACGUUGUUCGACAGGCUCGUCUGGAGCCCAAGAAUGUCUCUGUCGUGGAAGCCCAUGGCACUGGAACCCCCGUGGGCGAUCCGGCUGAGUACGACGCCAUCCGGACUGUGCUCGGGCAGUCUAGCAAGAGAUCCGAUGCCCUCCACCUGUCGUCCGUUAAAGGCUCCAUUGGCCACACCGAGUUCGCGUCGGGAGUGGUCUCGCUCCUUAAAGUGCUGCUGAUGAUCCACGAGGGCGUGAUCCCUCCCCAGGCUAGCUUCACGGUGCCGAACCCGGCGUUGAAUGCUCGCGCCGAAGAUCGCGUCGAGAUCCCAACCCGAGUCAAGCAGUGGCAGAGCGAUUUCCGAACGGCGCUGAUCAACAACUACGGUGCCUCUGGCUCGAAUGCCUCGAUGGUGGUGACCCAGUCGCAUCAGCCGCUGCCCACGACCACCGCAGCAGCUUCAAAGGGACAGAGCUAUCCCUUCUGGCUCUCUGCCCUGGAUGAACACCGUCUUCGCGCCUACGUGAGCAAGCUUCGGGCGUUCCUCCGCAACUCAUCGAACAGCACUAAGGAUCUCAGCGUGGCCAACCUGUCCUUCCAAGUGUCUCGUCAGGCCAACCGAUCUCUACCCCAAGCCCUGCAAUUCAGCGCCACUUCCCUCGAGGAUCUUGAUGGACAACUAGCCGCCUUCGAGCGAAAUGAAAAGGUUGGCGGAGGAAGUCAGCCUGUUCCUGCCACACGUCCCGUCAUACUGUGCUUUGGUGGCCAGAUCUCCACUUGGGUCGGUCUCGACGAAGCUAUCUACCAGAGUUUCCCACUCCUGCGCACACACCUAGACCAAUGCGACGCUGUCGCCGUAGCACUCGGUCUCGAUAGUAUCUAUCCUGAUCUAUUCCAACGGACUCCCGUUGCCGAUCCGAUCAAGUUGCAGACGCUGCUAUUUGCCCUUCAGUACUCGACAGCCCGGACAUGGAUCGACUGCGGUCUUCAAGUUGCUGCCGCAGUGGGUCAUAGCUUUGGAGAGCUGGUGGCCCUGUGUGUUUGCGGUGUUUACUCUAUCAAGGACGCGCUCCAGCUUGUGGCAGGGCGAGCGCGAUUGAUCCGCGACCACUGGGGCAGCGACCGGGGGUCCAUGUUGGCAGUGGAAGCCGACAAGGCGCAAGUUGACAAGCUGAUCGAACAGGCAAAUGAGAAGAACGCAGCCGAUGAGGCCCCGAUCUCCAUUGCCUGCUUCAACGGUCCAACUACCUUUACCCUGGCUGGAGGAGUGGCGGCUGUGGACAGGGCAGAGGCUCUUGUUAAGUCUGAAUCCACCUUCAUCGGUCUCAAAGCCAAACGUUUGAACGUGAGCAACGCCUUCCACUCUGCUUUGGUCGACCCCUUGGUCGAAGAGCUCCAUCAGCUUGGCCAGACCGUUGCCUUCAAUGAACCCGUCAUUCCAAUCGAACAAGCCACCGCGUCCUCCGCUGCCCGGUCGCUCGAUGGCAGCUAUCUCGCCCAACACAUGCGCCAACCGGUCUUCUUCAACCACGCGGUGCGCAGAUUGGCCCAGCAACACCCUACGGCCAUCUGGCUCGAGGCCGGGUCGAAUUCGACGGUGACCAACCUGGCAAGUCGGGCACUUGAACACCCUCGCGACUCGCACUUCCAGCCUGUCAAUGUCACCAGUGAUAACUCCCACCGGUUCCUGGUGGAUGCUACCCUGGGCCUAUGGAAGGCCGGGGUGAAUGUUGCCUUUUGGGCCCAUCACUCCUCCCUGGUGUCUGACUAUCACCCCCUUCUGCUGCCUCCAUAUCAGUUCGAGAAGGUCCAGCACUGGAUGGAGCUGGCUGCACCCCCAACGACGGAAGUGGUGGUGGAAAAAGUGUUGUCGGCGCCAGAGGCCCCCAAGGGUCUUCUUAUCUGGCUGGGCUACCAAGACAGGGAGCAGACACAGGGUCGAUUUGAGCUGAACACCAAGUUCGACCGACUCCACCAGGUGGUUUCCGCCAAUGUGGUCCUGAAUACGGUUCCCCUCAUGCCGGGCAUGUUCCAGGGAGAAGUUGCACUGCAUGCGCUGGAGCAAUUGCGCCCCGACCUGCGCGGUUUAGGGUUCCAGCCAGAGCUCCGGGACAUGCUGUAUCAAGCCCCGGUGAAGGUCGACCCAGCAGCGCCGCUCUAUGUGGACCUCGUCUCGACGGACAGUUCGGGUCUUGAGUGGCAGUGGAAGCUGCACGGGGCGUCUGCGAGUGGCUCUCUAACCUAUACCAGUGGCAAGAUCCUCCUGCGAGCCGCCAACGACCCUCAGGGCAAAAACGAUUAUGAGAGUCUCUCGCGACUUAGUGGCCGACAGCGCGGCAUUCGGCUGCUCAGCAACCCCGACGCCGAAGAAGUCCUCCAAGGCCGCAACAUCUACCGGGCCUUCGAGAACGUGGUGCACUACCAGGAGCCGUUCCGCCGACUCAGCAAAAUUGUGGCCGACAGUCACGAGUCGGCCGGUCGGCUGAAGAAGGCAUGGGAGGCAGAAGGCUGGAUCGAUUCGGUCCUGACCGAAUGCUUCUGUCAGGUUGCUGGCAUCUAUGCCAAUCUGAUGACGGAUGCCGGGCCAGGAGACGUCUUUGUCUGCGAUCGCAUCGAUCGGUGGACACGCAACCCCCGGCUCAAGGGCGCCGAAGGCCCUAUUGUCUGGGAGGUCUUCGCGGUGCAUCAGCAGCAGUCCACGAACAGCAUCACAAGCGAUGUCUUUGCCUUCGACACCCGUGACGGAUCGCUGGCUGAGGCUAUCCUAGGCGUCUCCUUCCAACGAGUCUCCUUGGAUGGACUUCGCAAGGUCCUAGGGCAUGCGACGCCAUUCCCUUCGGUGGGCUCACAGGCAAGCCCGUCCACGUUGACCGAGUCAAUUCCUGUUCCUGUUUCUGCUCCGGCACCUGCAGCACCAACGGUCACUGUUCCAGUCCCGUCUGCCCCCUUGUCUGCGCCCUCUAUUCCGAACGGCACCAAUAACGUGGCUCCCAAGUCCAAGGGUCCCGAUGUCACGGCCAAGACACGCGAAAUUGUCUGCAACCUUUCGGGUCUAGAGCCGGAGGAGAUCCAGGAUGACGCGGACCUGGCCAUGCUGGGCAUUGACUCUCUCAUGGCCAUGGAGCUGGUGCGCGAGGUCGAGGCGGCCUUCCAUGUUACAUUGCAGAAUGACCAGCUGAUGGAAUUGACCGACUUUAACAGUCUGGCCGCGUGCAUUCGGUCCACCUUGGGCGAGACCGAGGAGCCUUCUGUGAAUGGCCAUAGCAACGGAGUGAAUGGCAGCAACCAAGACUAUGUUAGCAAUGGAACCAAUGGGAUUAACGGUAGUAAUGGCGUCCAUGACAUUAACGGUGUGAAUGGCACCAACGGCCAUCAUCAAACCAAUGGCUUCCACAAGACAUCGUUGCUGGAUGCUGCCAUCGUGCACGAGGUAUUUGGACAAGUCAAAUGGGAGACUGACGACUUCAUCGUCAAGGGCCAGCUUGACACCUACCACGACAAGGUCGUGCCCCGAUCCACCGAGCUCUGCAUCGUCUACAUUGUCAACGCGUUUGAGGAGUUGGGUUGUCCCAUUCGUACCGCCGCUGCGGGUCAGGAGCUGCAGCGCAUUACCUAUCUUCCCAGGCACGAACGGUUCAUCAACCUGAUCUACGAUCUUCUCGAGACGGAUGCACGUCUCAUCGACCGCAAGGGAUCUGCCAUCAUCCGGACGGCUGUGGCCGCGCCGACCAAGACCCCCGAGGCUCUUGCCGAGUCCCUUAUACGCGACGAGCCCGUACAUGCAGCGGAGCAUAAGCUGACAGCCAUGAUCGGACCCAAAUUCGCGGACUGUCUGACCGGCAAGGCGGAUGCCCUGCAGCUGAUGUUCGGUGCUCCCGAGGGCCGCGAGAUCGUGACAGACAUGUAUGCCAACUCCCCGAUCACCGGCAUCUGGAUUCAACAGCUGGCGCAUUUUGUCGAGCAGCUGGUCCGUCGUCUUCCCGCCAAUGGCGAACCCCUGCGCAUUCUGGAACUGGGCGCAGGCACAGGUGGCACCACCAGCAAGAUUGUACCGCUGCUGCAUCGCCUGGGCAUCCCGGUCCAUUACACCAUGACGGACCUCUCGGGCUCGCUGGUGGCGACUGCUCGCAAGCGAUUCAAGCAGUACCCGUUCAUGGAUUUCAAGGUUGUCGACAUCGAAUCGGCCCCUGACGCCAAACUGCUGCAGAGCCAGCAUAUCGUCUUCGCGACGAACUGUGUGCACGCGACUCGGAAUCUGUCCAUCUCUCUCACCAAUAUCCACCAGCUCCUUCGCCCCGAUGGCUUCCUCAUGCUGCUGGAGAUGACCGAGAUGAUUCCCUGGGUGGACUUUAUCUUCGGGCUGGUCGAAGGGUGGUGGCUAUUCGAGGAUGACCGCGACUACGUGCUGCAACCGGCGACUCACUGGGAGCGCAAACUGCAAUCGGUGGGCUUUGGACAUGUCGACUGGACCGAAGGCCACCGACCCGAAGCCAGUUUCCAGCGACUGAUCAUCGCCCAUGCGUCUGGCCCCAGGUACGCUCGCAUUCCUGCUCCUCCGGCGGCGGCCGAUGCUGCUGCUGCUUCACCAGCCCCCGAGUCGUCAGCAUUGACAAGAUUAGCAGAGCGCCAGGCCGUCAUUGAUUCCGUCGUGGCACGCUAUACCGCCGACUUCCCUGAUGCCUUCCCAGCGGACGCCGACUCUAUCCCCGCUGCUCCAGCAUCCAGCAGCCAUCGCUGCGUGCUGAUCACAGGAGGAACAGGAAGUCUCGGGGCACACAUCAUGGCUGCACUCGCGCAACGACCAGACAUCGACCGCGUAGUGUGCCUCAACCGUCUCAGCACAACCGACGCUGCCGUCCGACAACAGCAGUCCCUCGACCUCCGAGGCAUCACCCUCGACGCAGCAUCGCAAGCCAAACUGACGGUCCUCGCCACCGACACCAGCAAGCCCUCCCUCGGCCUCAGUCCCUCCAGCUAUCUCUCUCUCGUCCACACCGUCACCGACAUCGUCCACAGCGCCUGGCCCAUGAGUCUCACCCGCCCCGUCAAAGCCUACGAGUCGCAAUUCAAAGUCUUCCGCAACCUCCUCGACCUCGCCGCAUCCAUCGCCCGCCAUCGCCCACCCCCCUUCCAGCUCGGCUUCCAAUUCAUCUCCUCCCUCGCCGUCGUCGGCAACUACGGCCUGCAAACCGGCCACCCGCUCGUCCCCGAGGAUCUCACCUCCAUCGAAUUCGUCCCCGAGACCGGCUACGCCGACGCCAAACUCGCCUGCGAACACAUCCUCAACCAGACCCUCCACCGCCACCCGUCUCACUUCCACGCCACCGCCGUCCGCAUCGCCCAGAUCGCCGGCUCCACCUCUAACGGCUUCUGGAAUCCCACCGAGUACAUCCCCUUCCUGAUCAAGACCUCCCAGGUCCUGCACCUCCUCCCGGACCUCUCCGGCACGCUGUCCUGGUACCCCGUCGACCUGGUAGCCAGCACCCUCGCCGACCUCCUCCUCUCCAAAUCCUCCCCCACACAGGAAGACAACCAACUGAUCUACCACAUCGACAACCCGGCCCGCCAGCCCUGGAAGGAAAUGAUCUCCUCUCUCGCCUCGACGCUGGAUAUCCCGCUCGACCGCAUCGUGCCCUACGAGCAGUGGCUCGACCGCAUGCGACGCUUCCGUGCUUCGCCGGUAGACAACCCCGCGCUGCAGCUGCUCGAUCUGUUCACGUAUUACUUCAUUCCGAUGUCGUGUGGGGGACUGGUGCUGGAUACUGAGAAGACGAGGGUGCAUUCGCCAACGAUGCAGAGCAUGCAGCCUGUUAGUGGGGAUUUGGUAAAGUUGUAUGUGGAGGCGUGGAAGAGGUCUGGGUUCUUGAAUCAGUAG